UCAAAACUUUUUGGAAUCGGCUCUCGUUGGACCAGCAAAAGAAGUUAUUUGUGUAUUUUAAAUCAUUAUUCCCCUCCCAACCAGUGGUUACAAUAUCAACGAUGGUGUAUCGAUCAAUUUGUACUGCGUAAGUCUGAACAUUGAACUAUUCUAGCCGACUAAAGCCAACGAAUCGCUCAUGAUGCGGUUCCCGACCUUCCUCAAAUCGCUGCUGCUUGGUGUUCCAGUAGGGGUGACUUUGCUCGAUUGCGUUGGAUAUGUGGCGCGGGUUGAAGGUGUAUCAAUGCAGCCGGCUCUCAAUCCGGACGCCAGCGUGACGGAUUAUGUGUUCCUUUCGCGAUGGGCCGUUCGAAACAUGGACGUGCAACGGGGCGAUAUUAUUUCGCUCGUCUCGCCCAAAGACCCGAGUCAGAAAAUUAUCAAACGCGUUGUAGCUCUCCAGGGAGAUGUAAUCUCCACACUAGGCUAUAAGCUGCCAUACGUUACGGUUCCGGAAGGACAUUGCUGGGUUGAAGGGGAUCAUACAGGUAAUUCACUAGAUAGCAAUACGUUUGGGCCUGUUUCGUUAGGACUGGUAACUGCUCGAGCUACACAGAUUGUUUGGCCACCAUCCCGUUGGCAACAGUUACCUUCAGCCGUACCAAAAACGAGAGUACCGAUCGCAACCGGUAAACGGUCUACUACUGGCAGCACAAGAACCGCAAACAACCAUGCCGUUAGCAAUAGCAGCAACAGCAACAGCUCUUCACCUUUGGUUCACUCCAUGGAAGAAGUGCAUCGACUGAACUGAUGAAGACAUGUGUGUCGGAGGCUCUAUUUUGAGUAGAAAAAAUCUUUAUUCUAGGCUUUUAUCUAAUUUCUUCGUUUGUACCGAGUCCAUGUCAUUAUAUUUUGCAAAAUGUAUUUUUGACUGGUUCAAUAUGUAUUGCGUGCACAGAAAUACAGCAGUAUGGUGGUUGCAGUA